AUGGCAGUGCUGAGAACAUUAAUAUGUUUGGCAUCCAUAGGCAUGUUCAUGGAGCUCGCCAUGGCAGCAAAUUACACAGUUGGAGGUGCAAAUGGAGGGUGGGAUACAAGCACUGACCUGCAAUCCUGGGUUGCAGCUCAAACAUUUGCAGUAGGCGAUAAUCUGGUUUUUCAGUACACUCCGAACCAUGACGUGCUUGAAGUUACCAAGGCGGACCACGACUCCUGCCAGGCCGGUAACCCGCUUCAGACAUACACAAACGGUAACACGGUCAUACCUCUUACGACUCAGGGAAAGCAAUACUUCAUCUGUGGUACACUUGGACAUUGUAACCAAGGAAUGCAGAUUGAAAUCGACACAUUAGCGACGUCUACUCCACCGGCAACAUCUCCUGUGUCUCCGCCUCCGGAAACUUCUCCCUCGCCGGCAAAUGCCCCGGAAUCAGCUCCUGGGAGUCCAUUGUCCCCUGAUGUGCCUUCAGAAGGAGCACCAAUUGGUGUUUCACCAUCAUCACCACCACCACCACCUCCCUCAUCAGCUAUCAAGAACAGUUUCGGAACAUGCUUCACAUUGGGUUUGGCCUUGUGCUGAUGGUGUUUUUGGCUUUUUAAGCCUAUGGAGAUUCCUUUGUUUACAAG